UCCCGCGCUGUCCCCUUUCCCGCAGUGUCCCCAAAGCCAACAGUGUCCCCUGUCCCGCGCUGUCCCCUGUCCCGCAGUGUCCCUGUGACCAGCGGUGUCCCCUGUCCCUCGCUGUCCCUGUCCCUCGCUAUCCCCUGUCCCUCGCUGUCCCUAUCCCGCGCUGUCUGUCCCGCAGUGUCCCUGUGACCAGCAGUGUCCCCUGUCCCUCGCUGUCCCCUGUCCCUCGCUGUCCCCGUCCCGCGCUGUCCCCUGUCCCGCAGUGUCCCUGUGACCAGCAGUGUCCCCUGUCCCGCGCUGUCCCCGCGAUGCCGUUCGGGGCGGUGCUGGCGCAGGUCGGGGGCCUGGGCCGGUUCCAGGUGCUGCAGACGGCGCUGCUGGCGGUGCCCAUCCUGCUCAUGGCGAGCCACAACCUGCUGCAGAACUUCACUGCUGCUGUCCCCCCGCACCGCUGCCGCGUCCCCUCUGUCCCCAGCGCCACCCCCGCUGUCCCCAGCGCCACCCCCGCCGUCCCCAGCGCCACCCCGCCACCACCCGGAGCCACCCCCGAUGCCACCUCAGCAGCGUCUCGUGACACCUUGAGAGGCCCCGACACCGUCCCGAGGUCUCCUGGUGGCACCUCGGGGUCACCCGGUGCCACCCUGAGGUCCCCCAAUGGCCCCGGUGCCACCCACGUCACCCUCGAUGGCACCGUGACCCCCGAUGGCUCCUGGGGGUCCUCCAAUGACACCCUGGGACCCGCCGGUGCCACGCUGGGGUGGUCCAAUGUCACCCCGGGCUCCCUCGAUGUCACCCUGGGCUCCUGCCGGCGCUAUGUGGCCUCGCCCCCUGCCAAUGUCACCGGCGGUCCCCGCGCCACCGAGCCCUGCCGGGACGGGUGGGACUACGACCGCAGCGUCUACGUGUCCACCAUUGUCACCGAGUGGGACCUGGUCUGUGGCUACCGGCAGCUGCGGCAGAUGGCCCAGUCCAUCUACAUGGCCGGGGUCCUGGUGGGCGCCCUGGUCCUGGGGGGCCUCUCGGACAGGUUUGGGCGCAAGGCCAUGCUGAUGUGGUCCUACCUGCAGCUGGGGGUGAUGGGGACGUGCACGGCCUUCGCCCCCAACUACGCCUCCUACUGCGUCUUCCGCUUCGCCGGCGGGAUGGCGCUGUCCGGCUUCGGCCUCAGCAUCGCCUGCCUGGUGGUGGAGUGGAUCCCCACCCCGUACCGCGCCAUCACCGUGGCCAUCACCGGCUUCGCCUACACCCUGGGCCAGAUCAUCCUGGCCGGGGUGGCCUACGCCGUCCCCCACUGGCGCUGGCUGCAGCUCUCCGUGUCCCUGCCCUUCUUCGUCUUCCUCUUCUACUCCUGGUGGCUGGCGGAGUCGGCGCGGUGGCUGGUGCUCUCGGGCAGGGCCGAGCGCGCCGUGAGGGUCCUGCAGCGCGUGGCCGCCUUCAACAACCGCAGCGAGGAGGGCGAGAAGAUCACGGUGGAGAUGUUGAAGUCCAACAUGAAGGAGGAGCUGGCGGCGCUGAAAUCCUCCUACACCGUCUCCGACCUGGUCCGGACCCCCGUGAUCCGCCACAUCUUCUUCUGCCUCUCCAUCGUCUGGUUCUCCAUCAGUUUCUCCUACUACGGCCUGGCCAUGGACCUGCAGAACUUUGGGGUCAGCAUUUACCUCAUCCAGGUGAUUUUCGGCGCCGUUGACUUCCCGGCCAAGGUGGUGGUCACCGUGUCCCUGAGCUACGUGGGCCGGCGGCUCUCGCUCGUGGUGGCCUUGUUCUUGGCAGGGCUGGUCAUCGUGGCCAACAUCUUUGUGCCCACAGCGUCGCGGUGUCCCCGCAGAGCUGCAGACGGUGCGCACGGCGCUGGCCGUCAUCGGCAAGGGCUGCCUCUCCGCCUCCUUCAACUGCGUCUUCCUCUACACCACCGAGCUCUACCCCACCCCCAUCAGACGGGGCUGGGCUUCGGCAGCACCAUGGCGCGCGUGGGCGGCAUCGUGGCGCCGCUGGUGAAGAUGAUGGAUGAGUAUUACCCCUUCCUGCCCCCCACCGUCUACGGCGUGGCGCCCGUGGUGGCGGCCGUGACGGCCGCGUUCCUGCCCGAGACCCUCAACGCGCCCCUGCCCGACACCAUCGAGGAGGUGGAGAACAGGCCCAAGCGGCGGCCGGCCGGUGACCCCAAGGAGAAGAUCGCGCUCCAGCCCCAGGACGGGCCCCCCCUGAAGGAGGCCUGAGGGACCCCGGGGGUGGCCACAGUGCCCCAGCCCUGGCCACCAGUGGCCACCACCCCAGGGGUCCCCUCAGCUCGAGGGGGGAUGGGGGACACCUCGGUGGCGCCCGGUUGGGGCGGGGACAUCUGGGCAGGAAUAAAACAGCUCUGGUGGGGA